UUUAAUUAACAAUAAAUGAAACAAACGAAUAAGAAUUAGUUUUCAAAUACGAACGUUGAAAUUUGAAAAAUUUCCUAAGAAAGAAACAAAAGACAAUCACACAUUUAGAUCUGGUGAAAUUAGUCUUUGCGUUUCUAUAAAUGGUGUUGCGCAUUAAUUAGAUUUCUUUAUUACAAAAAUCAUUAAAAUCUUAUUAUAAUUAUUUUAAAAAGUGUUAAGCCAUAUCCUGAAUUAUUUCUAAUCGUUCAGACAAGGUGAGGAAACAUGGAAAUGAUAGCCAUUACAACCGAUUCAGCACACAUUUUCCCAUUGGUUUUAGACUCAAUAAAUGAAAAAGCAACAUACAUAUGUAUAAAACUAAAUAAGAUAGAAAGACGCAUUCAGAUAAUAGAUAAUGGUAUAGGAUUAUUUGUACCCAGCUUUCCAGACUUACAUGAUAUUGAAUUGGCUAAUAAUAUUAAGGAUUUGUCUUCUUUUAUAAGAUUAAGACACCAUAAUUUGAAAGUUGCAUUUAUGCAAUUUUAUCGCAUUUUGCUUACAUCUAAAUGUGAGGGUUCUAAAAAUACAUAUACAAAGAUCUUUGAGAAAGAGAUGAUUAUGUUAAGAGAUGAAAUAGAUCGACCAAUAAAUGGCACAACAUUAACUUUAUAUGAUUAUAUUAUAUCUCCGGAAAGUCACAAACAAUUAAUGUAUUUAAUAUGCCUUCUAAUUGCAAACGUUUCUUUAAAUAAUCCUCAGGUAAUAAACUAUUCCACUAUUAGAUUGUACCAAAAUUAUCUUUUGGCCCAUUGUACUUGGCUGAUAAAUAAAUAUCCCAUUUUUCUGUCGCUAUUUCAAUAGAUUACUUUCAUAAUUAAUGACGAAGCAUAUUGUCAUUUAAAAAUUGAACAAAACACAAAUUCUUGGCAAACAUUCCAAAAUAUAUAUGGAAAAUAUAUUUUUCUAGAAUAUACAUGGAUGAUACCAUGUAUCAAUUUAUUAUCUACUCAAUACCAUGGUUACAUUGGAUUUAUUAAAAACAAAGUAAAAAAAAUGCACUACAUUUACUUAAAUAAUAAACCAGUUUAUUGUCAUCAUUUUGUAAACCAAAUUCUGAAUUAUUUCAUCCAAAAUUAUUAUUACCUUUUCAAAACAAAAUUGGCCAGUGAAAAUAUAUUUUUUUUGCUUUUUAUUAAUUGCCCGUUAAUGGAUAUUUCUAUUGAUGUAAACGAAAGUAUACUAACUUAUAAGUUAGACAAAAUACAUGAAGUUGUAAAAAGCA